AUGCGGGAGGAAAGAAUGGCCAAAACUAUAUAUGAAGUAAAAGUGGAAGAAAGAAUGCCGAGAGGAAGGCCCAGAAAGACCUGGGAAGGUUCAGUCAGGGAGGAUUUCGAUAGGAGAGGAAUGAACUGGAAUAGAUGCAGUCAGCUGGUGCAAGAACGAGAUAAAUGGCUCUAUAAAAAUUAUCCUCUACACUGGUCUAACGAGAAAUUGAAAAUGAGGAAUUGA